GGCCUGACGUCUCGAUUACUUGAACGAACGUCGUAGCUCGAAAAGAAAAAACGAUUCUUGUUAUUACCACUGAAUCAUUAUGUCCCACAAGCGGACCCACUCGCCCGCGGCGGCCAACGGUGGGGCGUCGGACCUGAAGCGGUCCCGCUUCGACCCCGUUUCUCUCGGUCUGCCCCCGGAGUUUCAACUCACCGACUAUACCCGUCUCAAAGGCUGCAGUUGCAAGCUGCCGCAGCCGAAGCUCUUGGCGCUCCUGCAGGAGGUCUCCACCUCUCCCGGGCAGGAAGAUGUCGGCAUGGACUGCAGCAUUGUCCCGGUGCACCACAAGAACGAAAAGGGCGAAGCGCUCUUCCUCGUCUCCACCACCGACUUUUUCUUCCCCAGCGUGGCGGACCCGUUUCUACAGGGCCAAAUUGGAGCCGCCAACGUGUUGUCUGAUUUGUACAGCAUGGGCAUCGCCGACUGCGACACGAUGCUGAUGCUGCUGGCGGCGAGCACCGACAUGGACGAGCACGAGCGCCUCGUCACGACGCGCGAAAUAAUGAAGGGCUUCGCCGAGCGGGCGCAGCUCGCCACGACCAGCGUGACGGGCGGUCAGACCGUCAUGAACCCGUGGCCGCUGAUCGGAGGAGUUGCCAUGGCGGUCGUAUCGGAGGCGGAGAUGGUGCGUCCGGCUGGUCUGCUGCGCGCUGGCGAUGUGCUGGUGCUGACGAAGCCGUUGGGUUGUCAAAUUGCGAUGAAUCUCAAACAGUGGCUCAUGCGGCCCUCGCCCCUCUACGAGGAGGCCAUCGAAGGCCGCAUUGCUCGGGAGGACAUUGAGGAGCUGUACAACAAGGCGACGGACAGCAUGCGGCGGCUGAAUCGCGCAGGGGCGCGUCUGAUGCUGAAGCACGGCGCCCACGGUGCGACAGACGUCACGGGCUUCGGCAUUCUUGGCCACGCCAACAACUUUGGUGCUGCUCAGGCCGUUGGCGAGUCCCCGCGCUCGCUCUGCCUCGUGCUGGAGCGGCUGCCGAUGCUCAAGACCGCCGUCGUCGCGUCAAGGCUGAUGAAGGAUAAGUAUCGCCUCUUCGAGGGCUACUCGGCGGAGACUAGUGGGGGCCUGCUCGUGGCGCUGCCGAAUCUUGCCGUGGCGGAGGCGUUUCAGAAGGAGCUGCACGACGUCGACGGCGGUUGCCCGGCGUGGAUUGUGGGCCACGUGGAAGAGCGGGCCGCCACGGCGCCGGACGGCGUGUACGCACGCUUGAAGGACGGGUAUGAGAUCGUUGAAGUUUAG